AUGUUACUCUUUCCCCUUCUACAGUUAGCUGUUUGGGCCACCAUUGUCCACGCCCGCUUCGAUCCAUCCCGCUUCACAUGGUACACCUCGCCGGCGAACAACUUCACCUCAGCACUACCACUAGGAAAUGGCCGACUUGGUGCAGCAGUAUGGGGUUCGACCGUAGAAAAUAUAACCCUGAAUGAGAACUCCAUAUGGAGCGGCCAGUUCAUGGACCGCGUUAACCCGGACGCAUACAGCGCUCUAGACCCCGUCAGGUCUAUGCUUAAACAAGGGAACGUCACAACAGCUGGACAGAUGACGUUGGCGAGAAUGGUUGGCAGUCCUGAUGAGCCACGGGCUUAUCAUCCGCUUGGUUCGUUGGUGCUGGACUUCGGCCAUGAGGAUUCGCAUGUAGAGAACUAUACCCGCUCGUUGGAUUUGCUCAAAGGCCGUGCGGUCGUGAACUAUGAGUAUCAUGGUGUUCAAUUCCGGCGGGAGUACGUCGCAAGCCAUCCAGCGGGAGUGAUUGCCGCUAGGCUUAGUGCUAGCGACGCUGGUCGGUUAAAUGUCGCUGCUUCGCUUUCUCGCGGUCGCUACGUCGCAGAGAAUGUAGCGACCGUGGGAAAUGACACUGGAUCACUCAAAUUGCGCGCCUCGUCGGCCGAGUCAGAUGCGAUCAACUUUUCGGCAGGGGCUCGUAUUGUCGCUCAUGGAGGGCGUGUGUCGUGCAACGAGACUUCGGUCAUAGUCAAGAACGCAACGAUUGUGGACAUCUUCAUUGAUGCCGAAACGUCCUAUCGUUUCGAAGGUCAGGAAGCAUGGGAGGCCGAAAUACAGCGCAAGCUAGAUGCAGCCGUGUGGGCCGGUUUUUCUGCCAUCAAACAGUCGGCCACGGCUGAUCAUGAAGCCCUCGCAGGCCGAGUGCAUCUCGAUUUGGGGUCGUCUCGUGCGGCAAGUGAUUUGCCCACUGAUGUCCGGCUUGAAAGAUACAAGACCGACCCUGACGCGGACCCCGAACUAGUGACCCUCAUGUUCCAGUUCGGUCGGUAUUCUCUUAUCGCAUCAUCACGCGAGACUGGCACUUCGCCGUUACCUCCUAAUCUCCAAGGGCUCUGGAAUGAGGACUACGAGCCUGCAUGGGGAGGGCGCUACACGGUUAAUAUUAACCUGGAGAUGAACUACUGGCCCGCCGGCGUGACGAACUUGGCAGAGACGUUAGGGCCGUUGAUAUCUCUCCUCGAAACCGUGAAGCCCCGUGGCCAAGAUAUCGCACGGCGUAUGUACCACUGCGAUAAUGGAGGCUAUGUUUUACAUCACAACACGGACCUCUGGGGAGACGCUGUCCCAGUGAAUAACGGAACGAAGUGGACAAUGUGGCCGAUGGGGGGUGCUUGGCUAUCGGCGAAUCUAAUGGAAUAUUACCGUUUCACGCAGGACACAACUCUCCUGAAAGAACGUAUAUGGCCGCUCUUGCAGUCUGCUGCUCAAUUCUACCACUGCUAUUUAUUCCCCUUCAACGGGUAUCUGAGCACAGGACCUUCAUCUUCGCCGGAAAAUGCGUUCGCCGUACCCAAUGAUAUGAGCGAAAGCGGUAAAGAGGAGGGCAUCGACAUCGCUCCGACGAUGGACAACACACUCCUAUCAGACCUCUUCCAUUCUAUCAUAGAAACCGGCAAUAUCGUCGGUAUCAACAACACAGACACCGCCAGAGCCGCAUCCUCUUUACCACGUAUUAAACACCCUCAAAUUGGAUCCUACGGACAAAUCCUCGAAUGGCGGCACGAAUACGACGAAACAGAACCAGGCCAUCGACACAUGAGUCCUAUCUUCGGCCUCUUCCCAGGCUCACAGAUGACACCCCUCGUAAACUCAACAUUAGCCGCCGCGGCGAAAGUCCUGCUGGACCACCGUAUCGCCCAUGGCAGCGGUAGUACGGGUUGGUCGCGAGCGUGGACUAUAAGUCUUUACUCUCGCUCGUUCGAUGGAGACGCCGCGUGGAACCACACGCAGGUCUUUCUGAAGACGUAUCCGAGUGCGAAUUUGUGGAAUACAGACUCGGGCCCUGGGUCAGCCUUUCAGAUUGAUGGUAACUUUGGGUUCACGGCGGGCGUUGCUGAGAUGCUGCUGCAGAGUCAUGCUGGGGUGGUGCAUUUGUUGCCGGCUUUACCGUCUGCUGUAACAAAUGGGAAGGUGUCUGGGUUGGUGGCGAGGGGGAACUUUGUGGUUGAUAUGGAAUGGUCUCAUGGCAAGUUGACCUGGGCGAGAGUAACCGCUAGAGCUAGAGGGAAGCUGGUGAUACGUGUGCAGGAUGGACGACUGUUUAGUGUUAAUGGGAGUGCAUAUACCGAGGAGAUUUCGAGUAUGGAGGGUCAGGUAUACGAGAUCUCACUGCCAUAG